UCGUAGUUUAUUGCUUCUAAAACUUUGCUUCUCUCUCUUAAAAACUUUCUAUGCAAUUUUCUUCUCUCUCUUCUAAACUUUCAAACGGAGAACAACAACAAGAAGAAAAAGAAUCAUACCAGCGAAAAAAGAUUUGAAGGGAAUAAACUGUUGAAUAUUGAUGGAUGAAUAUUCUGGUAAAAGAGCCACUGAUGGGGUGGUAGUCCCUAAAAAGGGUAUGGGCAACAUGUUUAAAGAUACUGCCAAUACUAGAGAUAGAAAUGGUCAAGUAUGUAGCCGUCUUGGUUGCAGCAGCAGAGUCAACUCUCCUAAAGGUGCUCAAAUCGGUUCUUCUGAAAAGGGUAAAUCUUUGAGGCCUUCAUUUAGGUACUCUUCAACUGGCAAGGAAACAAUUGGAAGCUCCUCUAAAACAUUCUCUGGGAGUAGUAACCCAAGAAAACCCCUUAAAAAGCCUCAGAAAACAUUACCUAUAGAGACAGAUUCAUCUGAAACUAGUAGUGUACAAGAUGAACCAGAAGUUUCGAAGCUAGUACCUCCACCUGAAAAAAAUAAGAGGGGGAUUCAAGCUGAAGGAGAAAACUCAGAGUCCAGUAAUGUCACGCUGAUGGAAGUAGGGAGUUCUAGUUUAGCAUCUAAUACAAGAUCUAGGAGGAAUUUUCAUCCUAAACCUGGAUUACGUAGUCAAGAAAUUCAAAGUACUGGUCCAGGGACACGUGCUGGUACCAGUAGGUAUGGGUUAAGGAACCUAAGAUGCAACUCCAUCUCUGAUGUUAUCCCUGCCGGUUGUACACCAUCAGAUUCAACCCUCAACAGAAGGAAGGAUGCUAUAAAAAAGAGAAAUUGUGACGGGGAAAGUAGUUCUACAGCUAGAGGGAAGAAAAUUAACGGGCCCUCGGUAGAAGGGCGGAAUUCUGUUUCGAGAAACGGCAUAUCUAUCUCCGAUUCAAGAAUAUCUAGAAAUAACCCUCACAGGGACAGACCCGACAGCAAUUUAGUGUCUGUUAGAACACGGAGAUCAGUUGGUGGUCAUGCUAGGGGAAGACUUUCUGGCCAAGGAAAUGCUAAUCAUGUAGCACCUAAUCAGUCCCUUAUUAUGAUACCUUCUUUUUCUCAUUCUGGCAAUCUUAAUGCUCCUGGUGUACAACAUCAUGCUUCUCUAGAGACUCCUUCAAGUCCAAGCUCUUACAGUGGAGCAGGUACUAGCAGUGAGGAGUUAUAUGGUGUUAUGCCGGGGUCUCCUGUUGAAUAUGGCCUCACUCAUUCUCUAAUAAAUCGGGAUGGCUUUCGACGUCGCUACAACAUGGAUGGUAUUGCCGAGGUAUUGUUGGCACUUGAGAGGAUUGAACAAGAUGUUGAGCUUACACACGAGCAAAUUCUUAUGUUGGAGUCCAACUUGUUCCUUACUGGACUAAACUUCUAUGACCAGCACAGAGACAUGCGGUUGGACAUUGAUAAUAUGUCUUAUGAGGAACUACUGGCUCUGGAAGAGAGGAUGGGCACUGUGAGCACCGCUGUAACAGAGGAAGCUCUAUCAGAAUGCCUAAAGAGAAGUUUCUAUCAAUCCUCACCCUCAAACAAUGCAGCUAAGAGUUGCAAUGAGAAUAAGGAUGAUAUCAAAUGCAGCAUCUGCCAGGAGGAAUAUGUGGUGGCAGAUGAAUUAGGGAGUCUACAGUGUGAGCACAAGUAUCAUUUGGUGUGCAUACAGCAGUGGCUACGGCUAAAGAACUGGUGCCCUAUUUGCAAAGCAUCGGUGGCAACGUCAAGUUCAUCCUCAUCCCACUAGGCCAGACAAUGGAGAGUGUAGACUGAUUUCUUUCUACCUCCUCUUUCUGUUCAUCUUGAUUUUCUCUUUUGUACAAAAACAGUUUCUCUUCACCUCUUCUUAUUGGUCUUUUGUACAUAGUCAAUAUAUUCAUACCCAUUAUUAUCAAAUAAUACAAGCCACUGGCUUGAUAGAUUGAAACUUCUUGUUAAGCUGCUGGUGCAAUAAAUCCCAUCUUAUGUCCUUGCUAGUUGUUUAA